GGUUCCGGCUGACCGUUGGCCCCUCAGCCGGCGCCCUCACAGAGCUUUCCUAGCCGUCCCUCGCCUCCCCUCCUCCGCGACUCUGGUAACACCACCAUAGCGCCGAGCCGGGGGUGGGGGGAGGAGCCCUUCAGCGUGACGCCCCCGGGGCCUCAGGCUAGUCUGGAGUCGGCCCGCCCCGAGGGGCGUGAGGAAGGGGCGGGGCUGCGGACUUCGGACUCGAGCCCAUACGCCUCCUCCUGCCGACACAGAGCAGGCAGCCUAGUCUAGAGGUGAGCGAGCCAUGACGGCGCUAUGGGGGCCCUGGCCCGAGGUGCAGGACACCUGCACCUCGCUGGGGCUGAUGCUGUUGAACGUGCUGUUCAUGGGACUGGCCCGCGUGGUCACCCGGCAGCAACUGAACAGGCCCACGGUCCACGCCUUCAUCUUGGAGUUUCUGGCCACCUUCCAGCUCUGCUUCUGCACCCAUGAGCUGCAACUGCUGAGCGAGCAGGAACCCCUGCACCCCACCUGGCCGCUGACGCUAAUCUACUUCUUCUCGUUGGUGCAUGGCCUGACUCUGGUGGGCACCUCCAGCAACCCGUGCGGCGUGAUGAUGCAGAUAAUGCUGGGGGGAAUGUCCGCCGAGACCGGCGCGCUGAGGCUGUUGGCUCAGGUGAUCGGUGCCCUGUGCAGCAGGCACUGCAUAAGCGCCCUGUGGAACCUGGGGCUGACCAAGUAUCACGUCAGCGAGAGGAGCUUCGCUUGUAGGAAUCCCAUCCAAGUCGACUUGCCCAAAGCGGUAGUCAUAGAGGCCGUCUGCUCCUUUAUCUUCCACAGCGCUUUGCUGCACUUCCAGGAGGUCCGAACCAAGCUUCGUAUCCACCUGCUGUCAGCACUCAUCACCUUUUUGGUCUAUGCAGGAGGAAGUCUAACAGGAGCUGUAUUUAAUCCAGCUUUGGCACUUUCACUACAUUUCAAGUGCUUUGAUGAAGACUUCCUUCAAUUUUUUAUUGUAUAUUGGCUGGCUCCUUCUUUAGGUAUAUUGUUGAUGAUUUUGAUGUUCAGCUUUUUCCUUCCAUGGCUUCAUAACAACUAUACAAUUAAUAAAAAGGAGUAAUUACUCUAGAAGACUCAGACUAAGUUACAGGACAGUCAAGCUGGAUGUGAUUAAGAUUUCAUUACCUCAUAUUUCAGCGUACUGGCUGCACUGGAUUCGUCAAUGUUACCUUCCUUUGAGGAAGCUGCCUUAGAGUUUCCAGUGCUGGGACUU